AUGGCUUUCAAAAAUGAGUUUAAUCUGUUAUGUAACAAUUCAAUAACAAACUCUUGGACGAAUGAUGCUAUCUCCUUUGAUGGGGUUUCGUUUGAUGAAGAGACGGGUGCGGUGACAGAGCUAAAACUACGGGGUGCGUGUCUCUAUGGCACUCUUGAUGCUAACAGUAGCAUUUUCAGCUUACACCAGCUCAGGUAUCUGGAUCUUUCUUACAACAACUUUUCCUCUUCAUUUCCCUCUGAGUUGGGCAGACUCACCAACUUAGAGUUCUUGGAUCUUCACCAAAAUGGGUUCACCGGUGAAUUUUCAUCCUCAGUCUGUAACCUAAGUCGGCUAACCUACUUGGACCUUGCAAAUAACAAGUUCACCAGUAGAUUUCCCCAUGUAUACAACUUGGCCAAGCUUUCCUCUUUAGACCUUUCUAACAAUAGAUUCGAAGGGAAAGUACCUGAGUGGUUAUGGAAUUUGCCGUCUUUGACUUUAAUGAGUCUCUCUAACAACUCCUUCGACAGUUUUGAAGGUUCUCCAGAAGCGCCUCUUAACUCGUCACUUGUCUAUUUAUCUUUGCGUUCAAACGCCUUUGGAGGAUCGUUUCCUAUGAUUCCACCAUCCUUGAGGUACAUUAGUGCAGCAAAUAACAAUUUCACAGGAGAGGUACGUACCUCUUUCAUUGUGCAAUCCAAGGAAGCUGCUAAUCAUUGA